GUCAAGUGUCAGUUUGACAUUUACCUAAUUACUAAUGGCCAAGCCUAUCUUUUUACGUUGAGAUUUUGUUCUAAUUUAUUUUAUUUUUGUAAAUCAGAAAAUAAUUUUACAGAAAUGGUUGUUAAAAUUUAUAUAAGUGGUAUCUCCGGGAACAAAGAGGUGAAAAAAAGACAACAGCGCGUUUUAAUGAUCUUAGAUUCAAAAACUAUCAAAUAUGAAAUAAUCGACAUAACGGAACCUGGCAGGGAAGACGAUAAAGACUUCAUGCAAAAUAAUUCAAAGUCGAACGGUGGUACCGUCAGUGACCCCAACCCACGUUCGCCACUCCCACCCCAGAUCUUCAAUGACGAAGAGUAUUGUGGGGAUUACGACCAGUUUGAUUUAGCAAACGAAGAAGAUACUUUGGAACAGUUUUUGAAAGUAGAAGCCCCUCCUCAAGAAGUUAUCACAGAUACAAAGAAUGUUGCUGUUAAUGGAGAGGUGAUAGCAAGUGAAAGCAAAGAAUCUACAAAUGAUAUAGAAGCCACUGAGGAUACAAAAGAGAAAUCAGUAGAAGCCAAUGAAAAUGCCAUUGAUAAUGAUACUGCUGAUAAAGUAGUAAAAGAGAGAGGAAGAGCGGAAAAGGAGAAUUCACCAGAAAAAGAGUCAUCACCAGUGAGACAGAAAUCUGAGGAAGGAGAACAACCAACAGACGACACUGAAAAGACUGCAGAGGAGUCUGAAAUUGAACCUAAACACCAGUCAAAAGAAAGCACUCCUGCCGAGGCUGAUGUCAAUGGAGCGGUCAGUUCCCGUGAGCAGUCGGAGGAAAAGCAAGUAGCAAAUGAGCCACAGAAGGAGAACCCAUCGGAAGCCUUUAUUCAGAGCGAGCAAACAGCCGCUUCUGAUUAGUACAGAGAGCAAUGUAUGCUGUCAGCUCAAACUUACUCUAGCACUAAGGACACACUUUUCAUCACCAUUGUGUUAUUUAUAAAGCAUCAUUCAUAUUUUUGGCAUAAAAUUAAGUCAUUGUAUAUAAGGCAAAUAAUUAUUUGUUGAGUUAUGACGUAACAUGUCAAUGUAGUGCAUAUUGCUAUGAAGUGGCCUACUCUUUUUAUUAAUUAAUUAUUAUUGGAGAAUAAUCAAAUUUUUUAUCUCUAAUGUUAUAGAGUCUAUUACCUUUAUUCUAUGUAAGGCAUGUAUUUGGUAUAACUCUGAAAGUAUUUUAAUAAUAUACACAUUUUAAAGUAUUGUAAGUUUAAAUCUGAUUUAAUGUUAUUUUGGCUCUUGUAAUGCUCAUUUGUUAAGGAACUCAAUGCAAUAACAUGACAUUAAUAUUAAGAUAUUAGUAGACCUUAUUUGGUCUAAGGUGCUGCAGAAUAUAAAUGAUUUGCAUAUUUUAUCAAUGAGCGUUAUCCAAAAUUAUUACUAAUAUUUUAAGUUUUUUAAUGAAUUCUAUUUAAAUAUACUUUCAUCAUAUACAUAUAUAUAUAUUAUAUUAUUUUAAAGACAAUUUUACUAAUGAUUUUUCAUGUCAAUUAUUUUAAUGCUACACAAUUAAUAGCUUUGAAAUAUUAUAUUAAACGAUGUACAUAUUA